AAUGAGAAAUAGGUUGAAUACUUGAGGCUGAACUGGACAGCCCUUACUCUGGUGGAUAUAUAGAGAACAUGUUUAUUUAAAUCCAUUGAUUGCGAUGCCAUGAUUUUAAGCUAUCAGCUUGUUAAUGUCAGUGACAUUAUUACGAGUAAGCUACCAUGUAAGCAUCCAUGAUGUGGAAUGAUAAUUGCUAAUAUUUCCUUUCAUUUGUGAUGAUAUAUUCGUAUAUUCCUCUGUUUUUCUUUGGAGUUAUUAAAUGAAUGGCUAUCUUGUUUUCAUACAUUGUGAGGCCAAGAUGAGCCUGAUAGCAGCACGCCCAGCAAAUCGGGUGAAAGGAAAUCAACUAGAGAGUCCUGAAUAGUGAGAUUUGGCUAACAUCCUCCUCCCAAUUCUGGAGGUGUGGAGGACACCUAAUCUUCACAUGGUCCACUUCAAAAAGUACAAAACCCUUGCCCCCCAAGGAUUCAAAUUUCUCAGCGUCAGCUUUUUAUUCCUCUGCAAGUAAUCUACCUAGAAUAAAUAAGAAAUGGAGCUCUCAUCUUCUUUUUGUUCCUAUCUACCUACCCUAGCUUGCAGGAGAUCAAGCAUAUUAGAAACAUAGAGCUUUUGGAAAGCGAGCAACAUGGCAAAGCAUCAUCCAGAUUUGAUUAUGUGUCGGAAGCAGCCAGGAAUUGCCAUUGGAAGAGUUUGUGAGAAAGAUGAUGGGAAAUGUGUCAUCUGCGACUCCCUGGUGCAUCCUUGCACACUUGUGCGGAUUUGUGACGAGUGCAAUUAUGGAUCCUUCCAAGGUCGAUGUGUUAUUUGUGGAGUAGUGGGAAUCUCUGAUGCUUACUAUUGCAAAGAGUGCACACAGCUGGAGAAAGAUAGGGAUGGAUGUCCAAAAAUCGUUAAUUUAGGGAGUGCGAAGACAGAUCUGUUUUAUGAACGUAAGAAAUAUGGUUUUAAGAAAAGAUGAUAAGCAGCGGGUUACAUCUCUAGUGGUUUUUCUCUGCCAUUGUUAACCUGAAUUUCCCGAGACAGAAAUAAAAUUGAUGGACAAUGUUGUAGUUCUUGAAUUGUAUUACUAUUUGUUACUGCCAGUCAUUGCGAUCGAAACGCUAUUGAUUAUGUUGCCUUUGAUCCAAUUGACUUGGAUUGUACCAUAGAGAUGCAUAGUAUUAGUUUUUUCUCCUUC